AUGGUUAGUAACAUUACGGCUAGUGACGGGAAAUAUGCAGCGGGUAAAUUUGAAGAUGUGUUUGGAUUCCCAAGUUAUUGUGCUGAUGACAUAAUGUUUCGACCAAAAGGUGAGGAAAUAAUCACAGGUAGGCUCUGCUGCUGCAACAUCGAUUGGUGCAAUGUAAAUCAUCCAAAUGAAUCUAUGAGUGAUUAUGAGAAGAUUAAGCUUCUCGAUUCUGGUACCAUGGAAGACUACAGAACCUUACAAGAAAUUGCAGAAAAAUAUGAUAUUUAUUAA